UCUUGUUAUUCUAAGAGCAAAUCACACCAUGGCAUUGCUCCUAGUCUUGUUUCUUGCCGACAUUCUAACACUCUCACAGGGAUCAUCACAACCGGAUCAUGUCCACCGCCAUAUUCACCUCCUCCGGCCUCAAUCCGGUGCCGGAGGAGAUCUUGUACCUGGUUUGUCAUGCCUGAGCUGGCGACUUGGCGUGGAAACUAACAACAUUAUUGGGUGGAAGACUAUUCCACAAGAGUGUGGAGGUUAUGUAGGUCAUUACAUGUUAGGGAACCAGUAUCGGAAAGACUCCAAAGCAGUAGCGGACGAGGCUUUUCUCUACGCCCGAAGCCUGAAGCUGCCUAGAGACGACAAAGACGUUUGGAUCUUUGACGUAGAUGAGACGACCCUCUCCAAUUUGCCUUAUUAUGCUGAGCAUGGAUUCGGGGUGGAGCCAUUCAAUGCCACAUUGUUCAAUAAAUGGGUAAUGGAAGGCAAAGCUCCAGCUUUGCCUGAGAGUUUUAAGCUAUACAAGAAGUUAUUAUCUCUUGGGAUUAAGGCUGUUUUCGUAACUGGAAGAGCAGAAGACCAAAGACGUACAACAGCUGCUAAUCUAAAGAAAGUUGGAUUCCACACUUGGGAGAAGCUUAUACUCAAGGAAUCAUCCUAUUCAGGAAAAACAUCAGUAGUAUACAAAUCAAAUGAGAGGAAAAAGCUGGAGAAGAAUGGGUACAGAAUCGUUGGAAAUAUAGGUGAUCAAUGGAGUGAUCUCUUGGGCACCAACACUGGCAAUCGGACGUUCAAGCUGCCGGAUCCAAUGUACUACAUUAGCUGA